AUGGAAAUCAGAGACCCUGCCCCCUCGCUGGCGAGCCAUUUCCCAGGCUUGCAGAGACAUGAUGCCGGAUUACUUUGGACCGAUGCAGGCUCUCGGGAAUUCAUUGCAGAGCACUACCCGUGGUUCCUCGAUACCUUUGACAACUAUACAUAUCCAAUUCAGCGCGCCGAUGUCAUACGCUACUUUGUCCUCUAUCAUUAUGGAGGAAUUUAUGUCGAUUUGGAUAUUGGCUGUCUCAAGCCAAUGGAUCCCCUCCUCGUUUACCCAGUCAUUCUUCCAAAGACUAUACCUGUUGGCGUCUCGAACGAUCUCAUGUUCUCGGAAAAAGGUCACCCCAUGCUUGAGCAGACCAUCCAUAAUCUGAUCAAGUUCGACCAUUCCUGGGUGCUCAACUACCCGACGGUCAUGUUUACCACUGGACCCAUGUUCCUCUCCGCCCAGUACGGUCUGUAUACCGCCUCCCAUCCCAACUCUGCACUCCAGGAGGUACGAAUCUUGCCAAAGUCCCUGUAUGGUAAAAAUGCUCGGGAAAACGAAGCACCUCAUUCAUUCUUCUCUCAUUUCUACGGGAGCAGCUGGCAUGCCGACGAUGCCGCAUUCAUUGGUUUCUUGGGCACUUGGGGAAAACUGCUCAUGUGGUUGGGCCUAUUCAUAUUGGUAGUUGGACUUGUUCGAUUACCGUCGAAGCAGGGUAGGCGCUUCACUCGGGGUUAUGAAAUUGUGUUCCCAAGAAUCUCACGCUCGGGACGCUGGUAUUUCCAACUCCGCCGCGGGUCCUUCUCCGCGUCAGGAACAUCAACCCAAGUGCACUCCCCCAUUAGCAGUGAGGCUCCAUCUCCCAUCGAGGAGGUCCCAGUGCUUCAUCUUCCCUUCGAUUCCCGCCCCCCAUCUCCAUCUUCAGACGUGUCAGGAUACUCGGACCCAUAUGCCGGACGCGUUCAAAGUCCCUUGGUCGAGGCUUUCAACCGUAUCAGAAAUCGCGUCAGCUCGUACGCAGGUGCUCGUCAGGAACCCCCGGAUACUCCUAUCAGGACUGGUCGGCAGAGAUCGAACAGGAGCGUCAUGUUCUUCUUGCCUGCUAUAUUUACACAAGCCCCAGAUAUUGAGUUGCAGCCUGCCCCGCCCGGCCGUGGCGUAUCAAGAACUAUUUCACGCCCUCCUGUGCCUAGGAGGUCAGAGCCGAGCUCAACAUUCCCUCCAGAAAAGGAGAGUCAGUGUGAAGAUAUUGAGACCGGGCGCCGUCAUGAUUCAGGCUCUGGUAGUCGCAGAGAUGACGAAUAUACCCCUCUUGUGGAUCUAGCUGAGGACGUGCCGUCACAUUCGAGUACAUCGAGACCGAGAACUACACCCGCAGACCCGUGGGGCUCAUAA